UAAUUUAAAAAUAAAAGCCAGCCUGGUUAUUAACUACCUGGAAUGGCUGCUUUCAAGAUGUUCAGUUCUCGACUCGUCUCGCUGCAUUACUCGACGGCCUUCAGCUGUCUUGACUUUGCAGAUCAGCCUCUUCAUCAAAGUUUUCCAGACUAUAUUAUCACAAGUGAUGAAGUGUCUCUUUAGUCAUCUGAAACACUCGGUUCUGUCUGCUGGCAAAACUCGACUUAACUAUAUAUAACUGUUUUUCCAGCAGGUGGCAGCAGUGAUAAAACCAGGUGGUUGUUUUGAUGUAACGCUCCAUUUCCACCACACCGCGGCGCAGUUGAACUAUAUACGACCAACCAGUUGACCUGUGUGCCUAGUUAUGAUGAGGCGUAUUGAGGUAGGGUAACGUUAAUUGUUCAGGACUAACAUCUGAUCUAAUUAAAGUUUUAAAACCUCACAUUUCUGCAUUUCAUCAGCGCUGAAAGUAAAUAAAUACGUUGACAUCUUUUUUUGGACUCAGGAGAAGAAUAUCAAUUAUUUCAUGGCACAAAUAGUCUGAACAUGUACAGCAUAUUUACUACAUGAUCAGUAUAUCAUGAUCAAUGAUAAAUAUUAGAUACAAAAUGUCAAACAUUUAACAGCAUUGAGGAUUAUACAUCCUGAUCAGUUUUCUAUACAGCAGAAGCUUCUUUUAAGUCCGAGAAGAUGUUGGACAUCAAUGACUUCUGAAAACAAUGAUACAAAUCUAAGUUUUGCUUAAUUUUCUAAAUCCACACACGAUUCUCUUUAUUUAAGUUUAUCAUUUAGUACCGCAAUUCAAAGUGUUAAUAUUACUAAUAAAAUCAGGAAUAAUGUUCAACGUAUUCACGCAGGUGGAGGGUUUAACGCGCUCAUUUUGUCUAUUUUCUGUCUCUUCACAUCAGUCAGACAAAUAAAUGUCAUUUUGCUCCUUUGAUCUUUACCAGGAUGUCACUGUUUACUUCACGUUGCUAGAAGUGACAAGCAGAGGCUCGCCUGCAUUGUUACAGUUUUGUAUUAGUUACAUUAUUGACACUUUCGUCUUCACAGCACAAUUGUAAUCUUCUUUUGAUUGUCGUCAGCAGUUCACCUCAGCUAUGCCCCGAUACGUCCUGACACGCCUGAGAGGGCAUGUUCGUCUGGGCCGAGUUCAUCCCCCUUCACCCUCGACUUGAUUACUGUGGCAACGUUUUAUACAGAGAUGACAACAUCAAGUGGGAGAAACACUGCGUUGCAUGUGACUGAGAGAACUGUGAACGUCUCUGGUCGGUGUCAACAUGAGUAAAAAUGAUGGCAACUGGAAAGCAGAAGAUGAAACUGCUGCACCAGACGUACACGAGGACCGGGAACUGUGAUCACAGCGCCGCGCCGCUCCGUGGAGCCUGAACCAACACACUGUCAUCAUUAAUACAUGUUCAGAAUGUGGGUGCACACACCGUCCCAAAUGAACCAAAUGUAUCUCAAAUGCUUCAAAGGAAAUGUCGAUACACUUAUCAACAUUUAUAAUAUUUAUAUUUGAUGCAAAGACACAGCCAUUUUAAACAUGAUUUGACUGAUUGAAUCGUUUGCUUGAGGUAAUGAAAUAUUCAAGAUAUAUGUAGUGAAGUGUAUGUGGGAAAAAUAGUUUUCUUUCCCUUUACAUUUUAAGAUACAACUGAGCAUUUCAGGGGGAAAUUGUGAAUUUGAGAGGGUUAUUUAUUGCUUUUGUCAAUACUUAUUGUUCUUUGAAAGCUGCAAAAGAAUAAACAAGCACAUUUACACCUUUAGUGUGUUGCACUAUAAGCAACACAAAGGAGUGGAAUACACAUUAAGGGUUUACAAACAUGAAUAAUAAAUAUUGAAAUCAUGGAUUGAUAUUUAAAUACAUUUUUAAAUGAAAUCCUUUGCAGGAGUCCAUGACACAUACACAGAUAUAUUUUUUAACUCAGGCUACAGGAUGUGGUUUGUAAUGGGAUGUGGUUUGUAAUGGGCUGUGUGUGUGUGUUUGUGUGCAUGUGUUUGUAUGCGUGUGUGUGUGUGUGAGUGUGUGAGGAUCUAUCAAUGUCCCUGUGUAUCUGUGUUUGCUCUUUGCAGACGUCUUAUAACUAGAUUUGCUCACUCAGGUCACUAUAGGAGAUGCUGUGGGAUCGGUUUCCAUGACAACAGAGUCAGAUGGAAUGCUGGGACAAGGUGGAUUUUCAGAGGAAUGAAAAAGUUCUGUGACACUAAACCUGAACAUGUGCACGUUCCUCUCUCUGUGUUAGUUCCUCUUUUUUUUGUUCUGCGAUGAGUGAAUGACAGAAGUGGGGUUGAACAGAAGAGUAUUAGACAGAAAGGGGAGGAGCCACGCACACAUAACUUAAUAAUAACCUUCCAUUUUAAUAUCUAUAUGUUGUCAGAACUUCAUAUCAAGGCAGUGUGUCUGUCUCCAGGGUCAGUGAUGGGAAGUAGAGUUUUGAGGCCAUCAGUGAGCUGGUAGGCCAACUUAAGACCCCCAACACACUUAAUUACUUCAUAAUUGAUUCCUGCAUAUUUUAGAGGGUUUAUAUAUAUUACCAGUCUGGGCUGAGGACACAGAGGGCAUGUCCUCAAUCUGGGGGCUAAUUCCAGUUGUUAAGGCUAACCCAACAAGUCUUGUAGAAAACAUAUUUUUACAAACUUAAUAUUUACUCAUAUUUAGUUUGAAUUCAACAUACAAUUAUAUUAGCUUGUUUAGAGCUUGGUAACCUGGUUUCCACUGAGCGCAGCAGCUCCAAACGUCGAUGCAUCGAGCAAGAAGGCCGUGAAGUCGGCAACACUGACAGUUCGUCCCUCCAGGCACGCCCCAAAGCCACUCUCCCCAAAUCCUCAUUAUGAACGUAAACAAAUCCUAAUUGACGUAAAGCGAACAUGGCUGUCGUACUCCGGCGACGCGCAAUGAGUGCACGUGCCAGAUGUGCCCAGGUUACAGCCGCCGGAUUUGGUUUAACAAAAUUAUGUUCUAACAGAUAUUUAAAAAAUGUGAUAAAAUAAAUCUUACGAGUUCAGGGUACACCUUAUUAACAUACGUAUAUGUGUUGUCUCUUCAGGUGUGUGGGGGCAGCAAGAAAACACAGACAAAUAUGUUCAUAUUCAACAAUUUGUCAACUCGAACCUCUAAUUAAAAAGUUCAAUGACAUGUAACAAAACAAUAAUACAAUGACAGGAACCCAACCUGCUCACCAAGUGAAGUGAAUUUUAAAAUGGUCCUGCUAGAGAAUUUGUCAAAUUCCAGAUCAGGAUUUAGGUGGGCUGUGGAGAUUAAGCGAAUAGUUGAUGAAGAAUUAUGAGGGCUCCCCAUUUGUUUGCCACCCACUGAGCCGGUCUCAUGAUUUCUGCAUGACAAGGCUUUGUAUCUGAACUCCCUGCACAUUGCCUUUUGUUCUCGCGCCCUGGUGGGCAGCCGGCGGGUCAGCAGCAGCACAGAGACUCCUUUCACCGGCUCCGUUUGUUCUCAGCCUCUGCUGCGUGCUGGAGGCUUACGCUCGCCCGAGCACGUCCCCACGACUUCAGCUCAGUGCCUCCGUGAUGCCACAGCCGUGGCGACGCGAGUAAACGCGAAAUAUGAGGGAGAGCUGAACAUCUGCCUGAGCAUACAACAUCUGGACAGGACUGAUUUACUGGAUACAAAGGCUGUUAUGCCACAUAACGGUUUCUUUAACGACUGUUUGCACAGAGAGAGGUGUGUGUGCACACGAAGAAACUUCCUUCUAGCUGAAGAGUUCCUCUCGUCUUUCUUCUGAAUAUCUUCUAUCAAAGCAGCAAAGAUGGAGCGAAUGGAGGACGACAAGCCGAAGAAGAAGUUGACCUGUUACCUUCUCUACUGCGUUUCAACAGCAGUUAUGAUGGGCAGUAGAGAACCCGUUGUGGAACUAACCACCAUGGUGUGGAGCUUUGCUGUUGCUAUCUUCAGUGUGGGCGGCAUGGUGGGCUCCUUCUCUGUUGGAGUGUUGGUCACCAAGUUUGGCCGCUUGAUCAUGGGUGUUCUGCGGUCUCUGCAACACCCAGAGGCUGACCCCCAUACGUCAGAGAUCUCUCCCACGGCUGUCCGGGGAGCCUUCGGCACGCUGCACCAGCUGGGUGUCGUUAUUGGCAUCUUGGUGUCACAGAUCUUUGGUCUCGAGUUUCUUCUGGGCUCGGACACUCUGUGGCCCCUGCUGCUGGCUCUCACCAUCCUGCCGGCCAUCCUGCAGUGCAUCCUGCUGCCCUUCUGCGCUGAAAGCCCUCGCUACCUGCUCAUCGUCCUCAACAAGGAAGAGGAGGCAAGAAAAGCGCUGGUGCGUCUGCGCGGCUGUGAGGACGUGAGCGAUGAUAUUCAGGAGAUGAAGGAAGAAGGGAUGAAGAUGGCCUCGGAGAAGAAAGUGUCCAUCCUCGAACUCUUCCGCUCCCCAAACUACCGUCAACCGAUCAUCAUCGCUAUAAUCCUCCAGCUCUCUCAGCAGCUGUCUGGCAUCAACGCUGUGUUUUACUACUCUACAGGUAUAUUUGACCAGGCUGGUGUUUCUGAACCCAUCUACGCCACCAUAGGAGCCGGAGUCGUCAACACUGUGUUUACUGUUGUCUCUCUCUUCCUGAUUGAACGGGCGGGCCGGAGGACGUUGCACCUGAUUGGUCUGGGUGGAAUGGCUGUGUUUGCCCUCAUCAUGACGAUCUCCCUGUCUUUGGUGAAGACAAACCAGUCUCUCAGCUACCUGGCCAUUGUGGCCGUGUUUGGCUUUGUCGCCAGUUUUGAGAUGGGUCCGGGUCCGAUCCCCUGGUUCAUCGUGGCUGAGCUCUUCUCCCAGGGGCCCCGACCUGCUGCCAUGGCCAUCUCUGGUUUCUCCAACUGGACCGCCAACUUCCUGGUGGGGCUGACCUUCCCUAAACUCGAGGAACUGUGUGGUCCGUACGUCUUCAUCAUCUUCAUGAUCUUCCUCAUCCUGUUCUUCAUCUUCACCUUCCUGAAAGUGCCCGAGACCAGAGGAAGGACCUUUGACGAUAUUGCUCAGGGAUUCGCUUCCAGUGCAGGGAAAUCCUCCAUGGAGUCUGAGGCGAUGCACGCUGGCCUCACAGAGGGCAAAGACGCGGCCCCCGUGUCUCCCACAGACAAGGUUCCCAUGGUGAAUCUUUCUUAGAGAGGAGAAGGAAGACUCGGGGUACAAUACAGACGCACUGAUAAUGUAAAGAGCUAUAUUUCAUAACACACAACAGGUGUGUUUAUAAAAAGCCAACUAAAUACAGUGUUACAGAUUCCCUGUUUACCAGUGCUUAAUUAAUUCACAGAAUUCCCUCUAAUCCUGCUUUCAACAGGGGGCCAAACUUAACUGAAUUACCAGUACUUAAUAUUUGUUGACAUGCCCGCUGCCAGGUCAAGUCUGCCUGAUAUGCCUUGUUGCCAGGGGGAGGGAGACAAAAUAAAUAUAUAUAUAUAAUAUAUAUAUAUAUAUAAUAUAUAUAAUAUAUGUAUAUAUAUAAUAUAUAUAUAUAUAUAUUUAUAAUAUAUAUAGGUGCUACAGUAAGUCCCUUUCCAUUUCAGGUGCACAACAAAGUGCUGAUUAUAGACUUAGAAUACAUAUAUUUAACCAAGGAGAAGAUAAUAAAUAUUUCUUCUCCUCCUGCAGCAUCCUCUGAGAGUACAGGAUGUGUACGUGUUGUUUGAAGUCAUAAAGAAAUAGGGCAGUUCUGUAAAUAAGUACGGUCUGCUUCAAGUAUUUUGUGUGUAUGAUAACGAGGUGUCGUUUGCACUACCGGGCCCGACAACAGUCUCCUACUUUCUGCUCUAAGGAGCCCAAUGUAGUCGCUUGUGUUCAGUGACUUCAUUGAAGAGUGCAGUCAGGAGGUCGUUGUGCAGUCGUUUAUGUAAUUCAGCAGUUGGGUAUAAAAACUCAGUUGGCUGCUUGUUUUAUAUAUUCGGCUUCUAACUGUGGCAUUGAAAACACAAAACACAAAACACAAAACAUAGAACACAAAACACAGAACACAAAACACAUGCAUUAUCGCUGCUUGAAGCUCUUUUGAUAUCAGCACAAAGCAGAACAUUAGGUCAUCCAAUUAAAUACCGUACAAUCUCUAAAAUAGUGUUCCAUCAAAUCAAAAGUCAGUCAGUGUUUAAGACAUUCAUUGAAACACAUUUAAGUGUUCUGACAAACAACACUCAUGUCAGCCUUAACAAGAUAUUAGCCAUUUGGGAUAGUGAUGUUAAAUAAAAACACUAAAUUAAUUGUAUUUUAAUGCACAAAGAAUGUCUUAUCUUAAGUUCUUGUUUCUAAUUGUCUGAAAUCAUGUGUAUAUAUUGUAGAAUCUCCAGUUACUGCCUAAUCUAUUACAGCACAGUAUACAUGCUUAUAAAUGUCCCGUCAGUUUGUACAGUUGCAUCUUCGUCUCGGCACACACACUCAUAAGGAAGCACUUUUCAACGUUUGAGUUUAGCAGCUUUUAAUUUGCACUUUGGCAGUCAAAAUACUUUCUAAUGUUUAUUUUGUGUGGGGCUCUCUGUAAAUAUACUGUAUGUGUUAGGAUGUGUAUGGUGUCCGGUUGUAUGUGUUAGGAUGUGUAUGGUGUCUGGUUGUAUGUGUUAGGAUGUGUAUGGUGUCCGGUUGUAUGUGUUAGGAUGUGUAUGGUGUCUGGUUGUAUGUGUUAGGAUGUGUAUGGUGUCUGGUUGUAUGUGUUAGGAUGUGUAUGGUGUCCGGUUGUAUGUGUUAGGAUGUGUAUGGUGUCUGGUUGUAUGUGUUAGGAUGUGUAUGGUGUCCGGUUGUAUGUGUUAGGAUGUGUAUGGUGUCUGGUUGUAUGUGUUAGGA